CGAAAGUGCAUCCAUGUUAUGUUCCUAAAUGCGUAGCGCGCGUAUUUUAUACGGAUUCACAAUGAAAACAUUUUCUCGUCGUGUGACGUUCAAUUUUUUGUGAGAUAUAAGAUAUAAAAAGAAAGAGAUGAAAACGUGUUGCGCUUGUGGGUUUCGCGAAAAACGUGACACCACUGAGAACAACGAGAGAGUGUCUUAUCACUCGUUCCCGAAGAAGAAGGAUAUGCGUCAGGCGUGGGUCAGUGCAAUAGGGAAGAAAGAUUUCGUCCCAACCAAAAGCAGCAUUUUGUGUAGCCUACAUUUUGCCAAAGAAUGCCUGUAUUACCCUAACAAUGGAGGGAAAAAGCAACGGAUACGUUUACGGCCAGAUUCUAUACCGACCUUAUUUGAUGUAUGUUUUUGGAAAAGGAGGAACAGAAAGGGAAUACACAUGGGAUAUGCGAGGAAAUCUAAACAAAGUCAAGAUGAUAAUCAUUCUAAGGAUGAGAAACUGGAUAUGAAAGUUCGCUUAAAAACGGAAUCUGAAUCAGACACGAACAUGAGGUCGGCACUAUUUGUUAAUGACGUGGCGACAUGUAGUAAAUGGAACAAAUGUCAAAUGAAGUCAAAAGAAACUAAUAGGGAGUGCUCUGUAACUUCAAGAGUUAAACGACGGUAUCAUACGGUGUAUCCAAAAUACAUUGGUUUCUGUACUCUCAGUGAUCUCCGGUCUCCCGUGAAAGUCAUGCAUAAUUGGAAAAUGGCUAUGACCUGCAUUAGCUCGCAACGAAAAGAAAUUGCAAUACUUAGGAGGAAAAAUUAUUGUCUACAAACAAAAGUUGCAAUUCUCGAGAUGUUGUUAGCUGAUUGGAAAGGAACCUGCUAGGAGUGAUGCUUAUGGAGAAUUUACACUGUCUCUGAUGUCCGACAUACGAUGUCGAUAUCCAAUAGAAUAAAUUUUCCGGAGACGAACGUCUUGCUAGUUAGGAACCUUAAAAAGUCAAACUUACUAUUGGACAUCGGAUUAUUGUACUUUGGCAUGAAAGACAGUGUGAAAUUUGGUAUACAAUAUUGCCGUAUUUCGCUGUCAGAUGUUGGAAUGCAGCCGAUGGUCCAAUGAGAGAAUUUACUUUUCGAGAACGAGUUCUCCUCAUUGGACCGCGAAGUCAUAAAAGCACAUCAAAAAGUGAUGUUUCCGAAUGCAGUCUAAAUGUUUCAGAACAACUGGUGUCUAGUAGUGUGCACACAUUGUGUGUUUCCGAACGGAACCUAUGUUGUAAAUGCUUGAAAAGUACUAGAAUUUCUAGUAAUUUCUAGUAACUAGUACAUCCGGCUAAUAACUCUGCACGAGCGUUUUAGGAUUGUGGAUAUAAGACCUAAAGCGGGGUUUACAAUGAGAUUUUAAGACUUAAGAUUUAAGAAACUGUC